AUGGCAAAUAUCUACACGAACGCUGUCAUAACCAUCGCAGCAACAUGGUCUGAUGAUAGAAAUGGAGGAUGCUAUUCUCAGGCUCGGGAUUUGUACAAAGCACGGCGACUUAACGACUCUGGUCUCUACGCCAGCAGACUCACGGCGGAUCUGAUGGAUGUCAUCCGCUUCAACAGAGAAGCCGAUGAGUGGCCGCUUUUAACACGAGGCUGGGUAUUUCAAGAGAAACAUUUAUCGCCAAGAAUUGUACUCUAUACCAAGAACCAGCUGUAUUGGGAGUGCGGUCUGUGCGUUCUAUCACAGUGUGGCAGUUACGAUUUGCGAUUCGAUCUUGAAGACCGAUCUUACCCCGCGCAGAGCCUACUGGAGUUCAACCAAUACGAUGAAAGUAUAUCCGCAACCUGGUGCGAGUUGGUGGAGUUGUGUACUACCUUUGAAUUCACCAAGGGGAGUGGUCUCCUCUCAGCUUUGAAUUUUCCUUUACCCGUCUUGGACGACCCAAUCUUGGCCUGGGCAUCGACGCGCGCAUUCGCCUACGCGGUCCCAUUUCUUCAGCGGCCAUCUGGCACGCCAACCCCGUAG